GAGAGAGAGAGAGAGAGAGAGACGUGGCAACACACUCACAGACACUGACACACACACCGAUACACACACCUGUCUCACAUACAGUACAUUCACGCAGGAGCACAGGCAUAGCCGUCACUCUCUCUGUGGAAUCGCUGGUGGCAGACAGUUUUGUGCCAAGAUGCCCUUUUCUGACUGGCUCCUGGUUGGCACUCUUCUGGCACUUGGAGGUAAAAGUUUAGUUCUAACUUCAUGUGAUGAUUGAUGUAUCCAUAUUAAUAAGUGCACAGUGCAUGAUUUCUGUGCGAAAGGCUAUGCGAGAGGCUUUUGGUUGGUAAAGGGUACAUUAGAAUUUGCCAUCUGCUGUUUGUGUCAUGCCUGUUGUAUUAUUCAUUGGAAUAUCUUUGCAUGGAAUUUGCCUGAGAAUGAAUCUAAUGAGAAUGACACUCUAUCAAUGAUUAUGCAUUCUGAAAUGUUGUUUAGAAGUCAAUCUUUUGAUUGCUUCUAUUGUCUUGUUUGAGAGUACUAUCGUGUUGCACUGUGAUUUUAUAAAAGUUAUUAUACACGAUUUGGCUGGCUGCUCUCUUCUUUGUCUACUUGCAGAGCUUCUACAAUUUGGCAUUUUCUCACCAUUGCAUUUAGUCCUCAUUUGCCCCUGGAUGAAGUUACAUUGAUUUUGGGGGACAAAUCCCAGCGCUUACUAUAAUGUCUGAUAAAAUCAGUGACUGAACAACAACAGUACUCAACAUUGAUCUAGGAAUGUGCUUACACAGCAGUAUAAUUGUCACUUUCCAAGGUCUCUUCCUCAUUUGUUUUUUUCUCAUUUCAGGAAGCUGGAAUGUCAUUCGUGCUGAUGUUGGGUCUGAAAGGAACUGCUCUAAAAUCCCACCGGUAUGAUGAUCUAGGUCAGAUGUAGUGCUGUUACACCAUGUGUCUUUGUAUACCAUGUCCCUUCUGGGGACUCAAAUAAAUGUGUAGUGAAUGAGUGUCAGGUCAGUGAAUAUAUAAUCAGGUCAGACACACAGUAUGCAACCCUGCUUUUACAACUCUUAGUUUCACUCAUUGGCAUAAUUAGCCUGGGCCCAUAUUUAUAAAGAAACUCAGAGUAGGCGUUCUGAUUUAGAAUCAGGUCCUCCCUGUCCAUAUAAUUUGAUUAAUUAUUAUUUAUUAUUUUAAAAAACUAAUCGUAGAUCAGCACUUCUAUUCUGAAACGCUUUAUGAAUACGGGGUAAGGAAUCUACACUAAAUAUCGCUCAAUUUCACUGUUGUUUUACUUUACUCAUUCAGUCUGAGAAAUUCACUCAUCGUGACUCUGACAAUCACGUUAAUCAUGCAUUCAUGUCAAUAGGCGAUUCACACAUAUUUUAUGGUUGGAAUUCAGCCCUCUCACCCUGUCUUCUGUUUGUUCCAGUACCUGCCUUCCACCGUGGUCAACACUACCCUACGGCUGCAGGCCUUGAGGGAGGCUAUGAGUUCUCUCAAUGUCUCUGCCUACAUCAUCCCUGGGACAGACGCUCACCUGGUAGGAGUGUGUGUGUGUGUACGCAUGUGUGUGUGCAUGGUGACCAAGUGUGUGUGUAUGUGUUGUGUGUGGUGCUGACAACAUGUGUAUCUCCUACAGAGUGAGUACAUUGCCCCACGUGAUGCACGGAUGGCCUUUAUGUCGGGCUUCACAGGCUCUGCAGGUAGGUAUCUCUAUGUCCUUUCCUCCCUUCUUUUUUCUCCCCUCCUCUCCUACUUCUCCUCCCCUCAGUUCUAAAAUACCACACCCCCUUCAUCUCCUCUUGUCUCAGUUUUAGUCCUUCCCAUUCACCUCACCUCUACUUCUCAGUUCAUCUCUCACCCCCCCUCCUCCUCCUCUCCCCUCCUCCUCCUUAUCCUCUCCUACCUCCUAGUCCCACAGUCAUUCCUCCCCUGUCCUCCACUUCUCCUACCCUCUCUUCCACUCCUCCAUCUUCAUUGCUUCUCCUUCUCACAUCCAUCAGCUCCCUGCCCCCUCCCCCACCCUCACAGAACCAUUGAUGAGUGACAGAUGAGCUGUGAAUCAGGGAGCUUCCAUAGACCGAUCAGCCUGGUCUCAUAGACUAGAAGUAACAUAGUAAACUCAAAUCCGGGACACUGAAAUUAGUAUGAUAUGUUACAUUUGGUAUCGUUACAUAAGACAAAAGGUUCUUAAGGCAAAAAUGAAAGGAGGGUGGUGGGUCGGGGUUGAUAGGUGGGUGUAUAACGUGAACAUCUAGCAACCCAAAGGUUGUGUGUUCGAAUCUCAUCACGAACAACUUGAGCAAAUUAGCAACUACUUACUACUUUUUAGCUACUUUGCAACUACAUAGCAUGUUAGCUAACCCUUCCCCUGACCUUAACCCUUUAACCUAACUCCUAACCUUAACCCUAACCUUAACCCCUAGCCUAGCUAACAUUAGCAACCUAGCUAAUGUUAGCUUUAGCCACCUAGAUAACAUUAGCGACCUAGCUAACGUUAGCUUUAGAAACCUAGCUAACAUUAGCAACAACAACUUGGAAUUCGUAACAUAUCAUAUGUAUUGCAAAUUCGUAACAUAUUGUAAAAAUUGCAAUUCGUAACAUAUCAUACGAAUUGUAAUUCGUAAAAUAUCAAAUGAAAUGGAUGAUGGACAUCCACAAAUUAAUAGAUACCAUACUAAAUGGAGGGAGACAGAUUUACGUAUACUAUGUUAAGUCUACCCUUGAGUCCAGGUUGGACAGAUUGAUGGGGAGAUCUAUUCCUGGACUAUUGCACUGACAUAAACGGAUGAUCAAUGCCAUUUCUGUGCUAGAGCUCAGGCAGAUGAAUAGAUCAUUCCAAGCACAGUUAGAAUUUCUCCCCUGAGAAUAAGACAAGCAAUUUUAUAGUAUUUUUUUUUUAUCUGGCAGAUGUUCAGAUUAGUCUGAGUCUGGCAGUUUGCGAUAUAUAAAUAGAGGUCAACACCACUAUUACAAAGCUGUUAUGAUUGUGUUAUGAAAAUUCCUUGAAUGAUUUGGUACAUUUUGUGAUCAUUGGUACUGUUGUACGUCCCUCUGGUACGUACUUGUCAUGUAAGUACUCUUAACUCUGAGAUGACCACACAGCCAUGCAUCAUUCAAACUGAACACAACUCUCCAUGAUGUGUAAUGUAACCCUCCCUCCCCAGGCACAGCAGUGGUGACCCUGAACAAGGCGGUCCUCUGGACAGACAGUCGCUACUGGGUCCAGGCUGAACGCCAAAUGGACUGCAACUGGGAGCUGGAGAGAGAUGGUAAGAUGAUUUGAUUUGAUUUAUUAGGAUCUCUAUUAGCCGAUGUCAAUGGCAAUAGCUAGUCUUACUGGGGUCCGAUAUUUAACGGAAAAUACAUUACAGACAAAAUACUUUAGAAUUUACAUACAUUUAAAAACAUUAACAUGUAGAUUGUGUGUGUAGUUUGUGUGCAUGAUACUUUAUUGCAAAAAAGAGACUAGAGCUGCAGGCUGUGUUGACUAGACUAGAGCUGCAGAUGGUUGACUAGACUAGAGCUGCAGACUGUGUUGUCUAGACUAGAGCUGCAGACUGUUGACUAGACUAGAGCUGCAGACUGUGUUGUCUAGACUAGAGCUGCAGACUGUUGACUAGACUAGAGCUGCAGACUGUGUUGACUAGACUAGAGCUGCAGGCUGUGUUGACUAGACUAGAGCUGCAGACUGUUGACUAGACUAGAGCUGCAGACUGUGUUGUCUAGACUAGAGCUGCAGACUGUUGACUAGACUAGAGCUGCAGACUGUUGACUAGACUAGAGCUGCAGACUGUUGACUAGACUAGAGCUGCAGACUGUGUUGUCUAGACUAGAGCUGCAGACUGUGUUGACUAGACUAGAGCUGCAGACUGUGUUGACUCAACUAGAGCUGCAGACUGUUGACUAGACUAGAGCUGCAGACUGUGUUGUCUAGACUAGAGCUGCAGACUGUGUUGACUAGAUUAGAGCUGCAGACUGUGUUGACUCAACUAGAGCUGCAGACUGUUGACUAGACUAGAGCUGCAGACUGUGUUGUCUAGACUAGAGCUGCAGUGUGUUGACUAGACUAGAGCUGCAGACUGUUGACUAGACUAGAGCUGCAGACUGUGUUGACUAGACUAGAGCUGCAGACUGUUGACUAGACUAGAGCUGCAGACUGUGUUGUCUAGACUAGAGCUUAAGACUGUGUUGACUAGACUAGAGCUGCAGACUGUUGACUAGACUAGAGCUGCAGACUGUGUUGACUAGACUAGAGCUGCAGACUGUUGACUAGACUAGAGCUGCAGACUGUGUUGUCUAGACUAGAGCUGCAGACUGUGUUGACUAGAAUAGAGCUGCAGACUGUGUUGACUAGACUAGAGCUGCAGACUGUUGACUAGACUAGAGCUGCAGACUGUUUUGUCUUGACUAGAGCUGCAGACUGUGUUGACUAGACUAGAGCUGCAGACUGUAUUGACUAGACUAGAGCUGCAGACUGUUGACUAGACUAGAGCUGCAGACUGUGUUGACUAGACUAGAGCUGCAGACUGUGUUGUCUAGACUAGAGCUGCAGACUGUGUUGACUAGACUAGAGCUGCAGACUGUGUUGACUAGACUAGAGCUGCAGACUGUGUUGACUAGACUAGAGCUGCAGACUGUUGACUAGACUAGAGCUGCAGACUGUGUUGUCUAGACUAGAGCUGCAGACUGUUGACUAGACUAGAGCUGCAGACUGUUGACUAGACUAGAGCUGCAGACUGUUGACUAGACUAGAGCUGCAGACUGUGUUGUCUAGACUAGAGCUGCAGACUGUGUUGACUAGACUAGAGCUGCAGACUGUGUUGACUAGACUAGAGCUGCAGACUGUUGACUAGACUAGAGCUGCAGACUGUGUUGUCUAGACUAGAGCUGCAGACUGUGUUGACUAGAUUAGAGCUGCAGACUGUGUUGACUCAACUAGAGCUGCAGACUGUUGACUAGACUAGAGCUGCAGACUGUGUUGUCUAGACUAGAGCUGCAGUGUGUUGACUAGACUAGAGCUGCAGACUGUUGACUAGACUAGAGCUGCAGACUGUGUUGACUAGACUAGAGCUGCAGACUGUUGACUAGACUAGAGCUGCAGACUGUGUUGUCUAGACUAGAGCUUAAGACUGUGUUGACUAGACUAGAGCUGCAGACUGUUGACUAGACUAGAGCUGCAGACUGUUGACUAGACUAGAGCUGCAGACUGUGUUGACUAGACUAGAGCUGCAGACUGUGUUGUCUAGACUAGAGCUGCAGACUGUGUUGACUAGAAUAGAGCUGCAGACUGUGUUGACUAGACCAGAGCUGCAGACUGUUGACUAGACUAGAGCUGCAGACUGUGUUGUCUAGACUAGAGCUGCAGACUGUGUUGACUAGACUAGAGCUGCAGACUGUAUUGACUAGACUAGAGCUGCAGACUGUUGACUAGACUAGAGCUGCAGACUGUGUUGACUAGACUAGAGCUGCAGACUGUGUUGUCUAGACUAGAGCUGCAGACUGUGUUGACUAGACUAGAGCUGCAGACUGUGUUGACUAGACUAGAGCUGCAGACUGUGUUGUCUAGACUAGAGCUGCAGACUGUUGACUAGACUAGAGCUGCAGACUGUGUUGUCUAGACUAGAGCUGCAGACCGUGUUGACUAGACUAGAGCUGCAGACUGUGUUGCUUUCCUGUCUGCCUCCUCCUCUCAUUUCAAAUCCCCAUCUCUAUCUGAAUGGAACUACGAAAGGAGAAAGGAAUUACAAUCAUAAACACACACACAGAAAGCACACAGUGAUAGGCAUGCAAGCCAUAAAUUAAUCAAUCAAAUGUAUUUUAUAAAGCCCUUUUUACAUCAUCAACAGCACAAAGUUCUUUACAGAAACUGUACCCAGUCUACAACCCCAAAGAGCAAGCAAUGCAGACGCAGAAGCACAGUGUCUAGGAAAAACUCCCUAGAACGCAGUAACAUAGGAAGAAACCUAGAGAGAAACCAGGCUCUUCUGGCUGUACCGGGUGGAGAUUUAUGAGUACAUACUGUAUGGCCAAUAAAACCAGAUUUUUUUUUAAGGCAUUCAAACGUUCAUAGAUGACCAGCUGGGUCAAAUAAUAACCAUGGUGACUGUAGAGGGUACAACAGUUCAACACAAUGUCAGUUGGCUUUUCAUAAACAAACAUUCAAAGUUUCAAAGUGAAAGGUGCAGCAGCAGGUAGGAAGUGAGGGGGUCGAACAGCAGGUCUGGGACAAGGUAGCACACCCGGUGUAUUAUCAAAUAUACAGUAUACUGAACAAAAACAUAAAUGCAACAUGUAAAGUGCUGGUUCCAUGUUUCAUGAACUGAAAUAAAAGAUCCCAGAAAUUUUACAUGCGCACAAAAAGCUUAUUUCUCUCAAAUUUUUGCACAAAUUUGUUUACAUCCCUGUUAGUGAGCAUUUUAUCCUUUGUCAAAAUAAUCCAUCCACCUGACAGGUGUGGCAUAUCAAGAAGCUGAUUUAACAGUAUGGUCAUUACACAGGAGCACCUUGUGCUGGGGACAAUAAAAGGCCAAAAUGUGCAGUUUUGUCACAACACAAUGCCACAGAUGUUUUGAGGGGGUGUGCAAUUGGCAUGCUGACUGCAGGAAUGUCAACCAGAGCUGUUGCCAGAUAAUGUUCAUUUCUCUACCAUAAGUCACCUCUAACGUCGUUUUAGAGAAUUUGGCAGUACGUCCAACUGACCUCACAACCGCAGACCACGUGUAACCACGCCAGCCCAGGGCCUCCACAUCCGGCUUCUUCACCCGCGAGAUCGUCAGAGGGGGGAGGGGGGGGGGGGGGGUGCUGAGGAGUAGUUCUGUCUGUAAUAAAGCCCUUUUGUGGAGAAAAACGAUGAUUGGCUGGGCCUGGAAAAACUCAUUCUGAUUGGUUAUGCCCGCCCAGGCCCACCCAUGGCUGCGCCCCUGCCCAGUCAUGUGUAAUCCAUAGAUUAGGGCCUAAUGAAUUCAUUUCAGUUGACUGAUUUCCUUAUAUGAACUGUAACUAUAUUUGAAAUUGUUGCAUGUUGUGUUUAUAUUUUUGUUCAGUAUAUUAUUAUAAUAGAGCUAUGAUAGAGGUAACCUUAAACAAACACAUUGUCAAUGCACCCAAAUGGCCAACAUUAAUUUAUGUAAUCUGAACAAAUGAAACUGUUCGGCAAGGAAGAUGACUGUUGUGACAAUGUUUACUCAAACACAUUUCUCCCACCAGGCACAACAACAGAUACGUUUUAAAUCCGCAUAAAACUUUAAUACAUUUCACGCUAAUCUCUUCAUUAAUUAAUCGAUCAUACUUGAUGUUCUGAAAUCAUUCAAAAUGUGGGGAAUAAAUGUCUGUCCUAUUGUUGCUUCUGCUCCACAGUAUCCAUCAGCAGUAUAACUGACUGGCUGAUUCGGGAGGUUUCGGACACUGACGACAUCGGCUUUGACCCGUUCCUCUUCUCUAUCCGUAAGGCAGCCCAUAAAGAUCCAUGUCACACUUGACAGACUAUGGCACUUUGGUUUAGCAUCAAUAAAGACAUCAACCCAAACCGUAUGGAAAAUAUUAAUAGGGCAUUUUAAUUAUUAAGACCAACAAAACCAGUUGUUAUACAGUAGUGACCAUUCGCUUAAUAGCGAUAAUUUGAAAUAAGUAUUAAUGUACUAUCUAAUACAGUGCAUUCUGAAUGUAUUCAGACCCCUUGACUUUUUCCGCAUUUUGUUAUGUUACAGCCUUAUUCUAAAAUUGAUUAAAUAUUUUUUUCCCCUCAUCAAUCUACACACAAUAACCCAUAAUGGCAAAGCAAAAACAUGUUUUUAUACAUUUUUGUACAUUUAUAAAAAAAAGAAAGAACUGAAAUAUGACAUUUACAUAAGUAUUCAGACCCUUUACUCAGUACUUUGUUAAAGCACCUUUGGCAGCGAUUACAGCUUCAAGUCUUCUUGGGUAUGACGCUACAAGCUUGGCACACCUGUAUUUGGGGAGUUUCUCCCAUUCUUCUCUGCAGACUCUCUCAAGCUUUGUCAGGUUGGAUGGGGAGCGUCGCUGCCCAGCUAUUUUCAGAUCUCUCCAGAGAUGAUCGAUUGGGUUCAAGUCUGGGCUCUGGCUGGGCCACUCAAGAACAUUCAGAGACUUGUCCCGAAGCCACUUGCGUUGUCUUGGCUGUGUGCUUAGGAUCGUUGUCCUGUUGGAAAGUGAACCUUCGCCCCAGUCCGAGAUCCUGAGCGCUCUGGAGCAGGCUUUCAUCAAGGAUCUCUCUGUACUUUGCUACGUUCAUCUUUCCCUUGAUCCUGACUAGUCUCCCAGUCCCUGCUGCUGAAAAACAUCCCCACAGCAUGAUGCUGCCACCACCAUGCUUCAUCGUAUGGAUGGUGCCAGGUUUCCUCCAGACGUGAAGUUUGGCAAUCAGGCCAAAGAGUUAAAUCUUGGUUACAUCAGACCAGAGUAUCUUGUUUCUCAUGGUCUGAGAGUCCUUUAGGUGCCUUUUGGCAAACUCCUAGCGAGCUGUCAUGUGCCUUUUACUGAGGAGUGGCUUCCGUCUGGCCACUCUACCAUAAAGGCCUGAUUGGUGGAGUGCUGCAGAGAUGGUUGUCCUGGAAGGUUCUCCCAUCUCCACAGAGGAACUCUGGAGCUCUGUCAGAGUGACCAUUGGGUUCUUGGUCACCUCCCUGACCAAGGCCCUUCUCCCCUGAUUGCUCAGUUUGGCCAGGCGGCCAGCUCUAGGAAGAGUCUUGGUGGUUCCAAACUUCUUCCAUUUAAGAAUGAUGGAGGCCACCGUGUUCUUAGGGACCUUCAAUGCUGCAGAAUUUUUUUUGUUACUCUUCUCCAGAUCUGUGCCUUGACACAAUCCUGUCUUGGAGCUCCACGGACAAUUCGUUCGACCUCAUGGCUUGGUUUUUCCUCUGACAUUACAUUUACAUUUUAGUCAUUUAGCAGACGCUCUUAUCCAGAGCGACUUACAGGAGCAAUUAGGGUUAAGUGCCUUGCUCAAGGGCACAUUUACGUCAUUUAGCAGACGCUCUUAUCCAGAACGACUCACCAAUUGGUGCGUUCACCCUAUAGCCAGUGGGAUAACCACUUUACAAAUUUUUUUUGGGGGGGGGGGGUAGAAGGAUUAUUUUAUCCUAUCCCAGGUAAUCCUUAAAGAGGUGGGGUUUCAAAUGUCUCCGGAAGGUGGUGAGUGACUCCGCUAUCCUGGCGUCGUGAGGGAGCUUGUUCCACCAUUGGGGUGCCAGAGCAGCGAACAGUUUUGACUGGGCUGAGCGGGAGCUAUGCUUCCGCAGAGGAAGGGGAGCCAGCAGGCCAGAGGUGGAUGAACGCAAUGCCCUCGUUUGGGUGUAGGGACUGAUCAGAGCCCGAAGGUACAGAGGUGCCGUUCCCCUCACUGCUCCAUAGGCAAGCACCAUGGUCUUGUAGCGGAUGCGAGCUUCAACUGACAUGCACUGUCAACUGUGGGACCUUAUAUAGACAGGUGUGAUCCUUUCCAAAUCAUGUCCAAUCAAUUGAAUUUACCACAGGUGGACCCAAUCAAGUUGUAGAAACAUCUCAAGGAUGAUCAAUGGAAACAGGAUGCACCUGAGCUCAAUUUCGAGUCUCAUAGCAAAGGGUCUGAAUACUUAUUUAAAUAAGGUAUUUCUGUUUUAUAUUUUUAAUACAUUUGCAAACAUUUCUAACAACCUGUUUUCACUUUGUCAUUAUGGAGUAUUGUGUGUAGAUUGAUGAGGAUUUGUAUUUAUUUAAUCCAUUUUAGAAUAAGGCUGUAACGUAACAAAAUGUGGAAAAAGGGAAAGGGUCUGAAUACUUUCCGAAUGCACUGUAUAUGCCACUAUAUAUGCCAGCUAGCAGAUGCUUUUAUCCAAAAUGACUUAAACUACAGUGAGUGCAUAUAUGCUGUGUAUGUGAUCCCUUCAGGAUGUACUACAGUAUAAUGGUUGUCUUUUCCACCCCCCAUAGAAACCUAUGAGUCCUACAGCUACAACCUAGUUCCAGCCAAGCUAAUGCUGAAGUCCUUACCUGACAACCUGGUGGACAGAGUGUGGACAGACAGACCCCCCAUCCCUCCUGAUAACCUCAUCCGCCUGCCCGACAGAGUCGUAGGUGUGUGUGUGUCAGUGUCUAUCCAUGUGUGUGAGUGUGUGCGUGUGUUGAGUGUGUGAGUGAGUGAGUAAGUUACUGUGCAGUUCCCUUAGCUCUGGGCUGAUGAAUAGAUAAAUACUUGCUAACAGCGCAGAAAGCCAUAGGCUCACAAACUGUCAUUAACAUCCCCUUUAAUUGCUUAUGGCUGGCUAUCACUGCAGGUAAUUACUAUGUGGAAAGGGGCCAAUGAAUGGGGUUGUACCAUUAGUCUUGUCUCUGUGUGUUUCCCCAGAUAAUAAUCACUGAUACUCAGUGCUUGAUUUGGGCCGGAGCUGUCCUGAACGCAUACUGGCAAAUCUAAUUUUGGGGGAAUUGCGUACCAGCUCCUCUAUAAAAACAAAGUAGCCUAUGACUGGCCCAGAUUCACACACUGAGGCAAAACAUUUUUUAUCAAACCAGAAUGAAGAUGGGAUCUUCACUGAAUAGCAAGGGAGAGUGGGCAUUCAUUUCCUGUUUCCGCUUUGUUCAAGUUUAUUUGCUGCUAGUCUGUGAAUCUGUGACAGUAGGCUGUUCGAGAUUGCACAGAUUGAAAAUGAGCCCGCCUGAAUGGCAUGAUGCGCUGUUCCAAAUUGUCAAAUUAUGGUUUGUAAAGUCAUGAAAAGUAAUGGAAAUUAGUUUCAUAAAUGUUGUUAAUGUAAUUCAUGAAAGCACACUUUUAAAUAUGAUCAAUCAAUCAGCUGCUCAACAGGACCUCGAUAAGCAGACUUGGGUGUUUCAGGGCUGUUUCAAAAACCAAACCUUCACACCCAGGAGCUCUCCAGAUGGAGGGUUGACCACAUGUUGACAACAUGUGACUAACAGUGCAGUUCUAUGUGGGGGGCUAAGUGCCUUGAUCAAGUGCAACAUGGCAGGAAGUGGUAGGUCUACACUGCAUCAGACACAGCAGCUUUCCAGUGUCAAUAAUGCUUACUUUUUCAUGUAGGCUAUAAUAAUAGUCAUGAAAAUGUGGUUAAAAGUCUACGGAGAAUUCAUGGAAAAUGUGUAUAAACCAUUAACAGUGAAUAAUCAGAGGUCUCUAUAGCAUAAUGUCAUUUGUGUUUUCUCUAUGGUUUUACCUUUUUGGUUCCUAUUAUCAUGAUUAGACAGCAGUAGCAGUGCGUGGGUAAAAUCACUGAGGAAGCCAAGCCAGAAAUAAAAUAGCCAUAUUACAACCUAUGUGUUGUGAUAAUUGCAUUGUUUGCUCUAUAACCUGUUUGUUCAUAUGCCUUUCGACUGUCACAUACUGUAUAGGCCUAAGGCUGAGACAUAAAAAUUCAACCACACCUUUGUUUCAUCACAAAACCGGAGAGCAACCUCUGUCCAAUGAAGUCCACAAAGCAUAUUACAUGUAACAAACAAUAACAUGACCUACAGCAUGGUCAAGCAAGUUAAUGUUUCCAACAUGUUUGGACUACUAAACAACUAUUGAUUUAGAACCACGGAGAGUAACCGCAAGUCCCAAAGAAAACAGGAGCUGCCUCCACUAUUCCAGCACCAUUUUAACUUCAACAUUUUAACAUAAUCAAAUCACCUGUGCUUAAUCUAAUGUAGUGACAACUCAAAGAUACCAAAAACAAUUUAGUCCAAUCAACGUAAGCUAAAUAUGAUGUGGCUGUCCAUGGUUCUGAUUUCUGUGUGUGUGCGUGCGUUCAUGCAAGUACAAAAAACAUGUUGACUCACCCUACUUGUAGAGAAACGCCAAUGCCAUCUUUCUCUCUUUAUGUUUACGAAAUGGUCUAUGACUCUGUCAUACAGUACACGCUUUUAUUUUUAUCCAGAGCGACUUACAUCUAGCUACAUAUUGAACUUCCAUCCUCUCAGGCCACAUUGGCACAUUGUAGGAAUUUAUGGUUGGAUCAGAAUCGCCGUUAUAAUCAUUGGCCAGUACGGAGAAUUAAGUAAAACCACAAGUCCAAAUACCUAUCUCCAUCUAUGGCUAAUUUAGGAAAGGGCCAAUUUUAGCUAGCCACCGGAGGACAACAACACAAAGAGAUGCAACAAUUCAAGUUGUUUCUGUCAAUGACAUAUUGCUCUUGAAGUGAUGUGAUUGGAGUGAAGCCAAAUCUAAACUGGCUUCACUUUACACUUUUUUUUGGUGCACCAGGACCAUUCACAGAUGAGCUCGCUCAGUUUAGCUCAAUGCUGAUUGACUAUUAUUUUAUACUUUUUUAUCAAGGGAGGCCAAAUGCUCGCUGGCUUCCCUUGCAUUCAAUGCUACAGGUGGCAACAAUGUCAUACUCUUUUUGACCUGACAGCAUCAGAUAGAUGGCCUACACAUACAGAGACAGAGGGGCGCUGUUUCACUCACUUGGAUGCUUUCUCCGGUGAGAUACAUUCAGCCUCUUAAGAAUUGAAGGAAAAUUAUGAAACACCAAGUGAUGAAAGAUAAAUUAUUUUAAAUCUUGGUCAAUUUGUUGGGGAAGCCUGGCUUCCCUUGGCAUCCAUGAAUACACUCCACUGUUAGACCGUAAGUAAAUGGAGGGAUCAUAAAACUAAUGGCCAUUAUGGUGACCCAGAGUCUGUUUGUGUGUGUUUUCUCCUCUGGCGCCGACACACACCCAUUUGACAGAGAGGACCUGGCAGAUGAAAGUGGAACACAUACGGACUCAGAUGACAGAAAAUCCUUACAAGCCCACAGCGGUCCUGCUCUCUGCUCUUGAUGAGACUGCCUGUAAGAACGUCAAACCUGGACACUCCACAUUCAUAUUCAUUCACUUAACAUUUAAUCAUUUGAAGUCUUCAUUUCAGUCUUCUUAUCUGCUCUGUUUCAGGGCUGUUUAAUCUGCGUGGUAAUGAUGUGCCCUUCAACCCCUUCUUCUACUCCUACACACUACUGACCUUAAAUGAGAUCUGGUGGGUCUGAAGUCCUUUUCAUCAUGUAAAAUAUUGCUUUACAACGUUCAAACGUGCCCCUUGUGUACCAUAAACGUUGUUCAUGAGCCUAUUGGUCUGUCGGCCUGUUUGUAUCUCCCUCUCAGGUUGUUUGUACACAAGGACAGAGUGACAGAGGACUUGAAGUUAUACUUGAACUCCACUUGUUACCUGGCCCACUGUGUGCAGUUGUUAGAAUAUGACCAAGUGCGGACAAUGCUGAAGAACUACAUGACCAGACUUGGUGUAAAAGUGUGGAUCGGAACAGAGUACACCAACUAUGCCCUGUACGAGCUCAUCACUCCAGAAGUGAGGACAGGGGUGGUAUAUAACCUAUUAUUACACCCCUCAGUGACUGGGAAAGGUUCUUUCAAUGUGUGGUAUAUUUAUUUAUCACGCCUCCCUACACUUUACUGUAGAAGUAGGUUGUUGUUGUGUCGCAUUUCGUGUACAUGAGUAUGAACGGAGAGUAUUAAAACCAUAUCUCUCUACCCCUCCAUUUUAGGAGAAGCUACUGACCAGUGCCUACUCCCCGGUGCUGACCACUAAAGCAGUGAAGGACAAGACAGAGCAGCACAUCCUGAGAGACGCUCAUGUAUGUGACACACACACCUAUUUUCCCUAACUCCUAACCCUAACCUUAACCCCAAACCCCAAAUCAAACCGUUAAGACUAAAAUAGCAUUUUAACUAAUUCAGAACUAUUCUUGUUUUCCUACCUUGUCAGGACAUUCUGGUGACUUGUCAGGACAUUAUGGUCCUGAUAAGGUAGGAAAACAUGUACACACACACACACACACACACACACACAGAUGAAAACACAAGACUCCCUAUUCCCUCUCUUUAUUGAGUUGUGCUCUUAUUAAGCCAUAAAGUCUCACAACAGAGACGCCAGUGGCUCCAAUAGCUGUCUGCGAGCAUUCAGAUCCAAUGUGUUAUCAGUUCAUCUCAACAAGCCAUACUUUUCCAUAUGGGGAUUGUUAUAUUGGAGGCAAGAUUGCAUAAGUUUGCAUUAGUGCUUUCAAUACCCUUCAUGGGAUAUCCUGUCUAAGAUUUUCUGUCUUCUAUCCAUGACCAUUAAAGUCAGUUUUUAUGAUUGGCACCAAUAAAGCCCUUACAUUUAUGGUGUUGUUAUAAAUUCCUCUAUUCCUGUCGUCAUGGCUGUCAGCUAAUGGGGAUCCAAAUAAAGAUACAGAUCUGAGCUCGGCAGUAAGAUAUGACAGACUGUUGUCAUGGCAUUCACAUUUCAUAUGGGCCAUAAUGUCAAGGUGUUUGUAUGGAUUAUGACUCUGGAUGGAAGUUGUCCUUUGAAUCAGAUCUAGUAAUCAGCUUACAAACCCUAACCUCAACCAUUGCACACCCUAACCUCAAACAUUACACACCAUAACCUCAAACAUUACACACCCUAACCUAAACCCUUACACACCCUAACCUAAACCAUUACAAAUCCUAACCUCCACCAGUUUGAAAAUCUCAACCACUGUGGGGAAAAAACAGAAAGCUGAUCUGAGAUCAGGGGCCGUAUUUAUCAACUAUCUCAGAAUAGGAGUUCUGAUUUAGGAUCAGUAUUAUCUUUUAGAUUGCAAUUAAUAAGAUUACAUGGACCUGAUCCUAGAUCAGCAGUCCUACUUUGAGACGAUUGAAACAUACAGCCCCAGGGUUCAGGGGUAACGUCAUCCUACUCCUCUGUUGCAAAAGGAGAAAACCUUGUGUGGUCUGAUUGUCCUCUCUUGCUCUCCGUAGGUGAGGGAUGCUGUGGCAGUCAUACAGCUACUGAUGUGGCUGGAAAAAGUUGUACCAGAGGGGAAAGAGACAGAGAUGACAGCAGCAUAUUAUGUCAAUGAGUGUCGCAGGUGGGGAGAAGACACACACACACAUGCAUGUGUGCACGCACACACACUUAAGCAGACACACACACUUAAUCGCUAACACUAUCUUUGACACUUGACAGCAAGCAGAAGGACAGCAGGGGGCCAAGCUUUGAAACCAUAUCUGCCAGUGGGCCCAAUGCUGCUCUGGCCCACUAUAGGUAUCUAGAACUUUCUUUUCCACCUUGUCUCCUAAUGUUUUUGCUUAGUAUCUGCCUCACAGUACCACUAACUCUAUUGUUUUGUCACAAACGUUGUGUUAUAGCCCUUCUAAUGCAACCAGCAGAAAGCUUACUGUUGAUGAGAUGUACCUGGUGGACUCUGGUGGCCAGUAUCUGUGAGUAGAGAAGCUUUCUCACUAUAGUUGAGAAUGUAGUUAUCACCAUAGAAUUACAAAUAACACAUUAGAUUAGCAAUUUAAUAGGAUCUCUAUGGUAAACACUUGCAGUAUAUAUUUCAGUUAUUAUCCAUAUUGAAUCAAAUGUGAGCCAUGACUUGUGUUCUUGAAAUCCAUAGAGAUGGGACCACUGACAUCACACGAACUGUUCACUGGGGGACCCCCAACGAGAUGCAGAAGGUACAGGUGGCCCUAUGGGGCUAAGUAGCUUUAUACAGUUGAAGUUGAAAAUUUACAUAAACUUAGGUUGGAGUCAUUAAAAAACUCGUUUUUCAACCACUCCACAAAUUUCUUGUUAACAAACUAUAGUUUUGGCAAGACGGUUAGGACAUCUACUUUGUGCAUGACACAAGUUUUCCAACAAUUGUUUACAGACAGAUUAUUUCACUUAUAAUUCACUGUAUCACAAUUCCAGUGGGUCAGAAGUUUACAUACACUAAGUUGACUGUGCCUUUAAAAAGUUUGGAAAAUUCCAGAAAAUGAUGUCAUGGCUUUAGAAGCUUCUGACAGGCUAAUUGACAUAAUUUGAGUCAAUUGGAGGUGUACCUAUGGAUGUAUUGCAAGUCCUACCUUCAAACUCAGUGCCUCUUUGCUUGAAAUCAUGGGAAAAUCUAAAGAAAUCAGCCAAGACCUCAGAAAGAAAAUUGUAGACCUCCACAAGUCCAGUUCAUCCUUGGGAGCAAUUUCCAAACACCUGAAGGUACCACGUUAAUCUGUACAAACAAUAGUACGCAAGUAUAAACACCAUGGGACCACGCAGCUGUCAUACUGCUCAGGAAGGAGACGCGUUCUGUCUCCUAGAGAUGAACGUACUUUGGUGCGAAAAGUGCAAAUCAAUCCCAGAACAACAGCAAAGGACCUUGUGAAGAUGCUGGAGGAAACAGGUACAAAAGUAUCUAUAUCCACAGUAAAACGAGUCCUAUAUCGACAUAACCUGAAAGGCCGCUCAGCAAGGAAGAAGCCACUGCUCCAAAACCACCAUAAAAAAGCCAGACUACGGUUUGCAACUGCACAUGGGGACAAAGAUCGUACUUUUUGGAAAACUGUCCUCUGGUCUGGUGAAACAAAAAUAGAACUGUUUGGCCAUAAUGACCAUCGUUAUGUUUGGAGGAAAAAGGGGGUGCCUUGCAAGCUGAAGAACACCAUCCCAACCGUGAAGCAUAGGGGUGGCAGCAUCAUGCUGUGGGGGUGCUUUGCUGCAGGAGGGACUGGUGCACUUCACAAAAUAGAUGGCAUCAUGAGGAAGGAAAAGUAUGUGGAUAUAUUGAAGCAACAUCUCAAGACAUCAGUCAGGAAGUUAAAGCUUGGUCGCAAAUGGUUCUUCCAAAUGGACAAUGACCCCAAGCAUAUUUCCAGAAUUGUGGCAAAAUGGCUUAAGGACAACAAAGUCAAGGUAUUGGAGUGGCCAUCACAAAGCCCUGACCUCAAUCCUAUGGAAAAUGUGUGGGCAGAACUGAGAAAGCGUGUGAGCAAGGAGGCCUACAAACCUGACUCAGUUACACCAGCUCUGUCAGGAGGAACGGGCCAAAAUUCAACCAACUUAUUGUGGGAAGCUUGUGGAAGGCUACACGAAACGUUUGACCUAAGUUAAACAAUUUAAAGGCAAUGCUACCAAAUACUAAUUGAGUGUAUGUAAACUUCUGACCCACUGGGAAUGUGAUGAAAUAAAUAAAAGCUGAAAUAAAUAAUUCUCUCUACCAUUAUUCUGACAUUUCACAUUCUUAAAAUAAAGUGGUGAUCCUAACUGACCUAAGACAGGGAAUUUUUACUAAGAUUAAAUGUCAGGAAUUGUGAAAAACUGAGUUGAAAUGUAUUUGGCUAAUGUGUAUGUAAACUUCUGACUUCAGCUGUAUAUACCAGGGAUGGGCAACUUUGAUGGGGGUGGGGGCCACAAAAAAAUCUGAACUCAUCAUGAGGGGCCGCAGUGGCGUGCGGUUCUGCGUACCCACAUCCAUACGAACACAUGCAGUCAGAGCCGGCCCUAGCCUUUUGGGGGCCCUAAGUGAAAUUGUAUUACCUCUGUCAAAUGAAUAUGUAGAUAUAUAAAUGACCUUUAUACCUGAUAUACAGUGGGGAGAACAAGUAUUUAAUACACUGCUGAUUUUGCAGGUUUUCCUACUUACAAAGCAUGUAGAGGUCUGUAAUUUUUAUCAUAGGUUCACUUCAACUGUGUGAGAUGGAAUCUAAAACAUCCUGAAAAUCACAUUGUAUGAUUUUUAAGUAAUUAAUUUGCAUUUUAUUGCAUGACAUAAGUAUUUGAUCACCUACCAACCAGUAAGAAUUCCGGCUCUCACAGACCUGUUAGUUUUUCUUUAAGAAGCCCUCCUGUUCUCCACUCAUUACCUGUAUUAACUGCACCUGUUUGAACUCGUUACCUGUAUAAAAGACACCUGUCUACACACUCAAUCAAACAGACUCCAACCUCUCCACAAUGGCCAAGACCAGAGAGCUGUGUAAGGACAUCAGGGAUAAAAUGGUAGACCUGCACAAGGCUGGGAUGGGCUACAGGACAAUAGGCAAGCAGCUUGGUGAGAAGGCAUCAACUGUGGGCGCAAUUAUUAGAAAAUGGAAGAAGUUCAAGAUGACGGUCAAUCACCCUCAGUCUGGGGCUCCAUGCAAGAUCUCACCUCGUAGGGCAUCAAUGAUCAUGAGGAAGGUGAGGGAUCAGCCCAGAAUUACACGGCAGGACCUGGUCAAUGACCUGAAGAGAGCUGGGACCACAGUCUCAAAGAAAACCAUUAGUAACACACUACGCCGUCAUGGAUUAAAAUCCUGCAGCGCACGCAAGGUCCCCCUGCUCAAGCCAGCGCAUGUCCAGGCCCAUCUGAGGUUUGCCAAUGACCAUCUGGAUGAUCCAGAGGAGGAAUGGGAGAAGGUCAUGUGGUCUGAUGAGACAAAAAUAGAGCUUUUUGGUCUAAACUCCACUCGCCGUGUUUGGAGGAAGAAGAAGGAUGAGUACAACCCCAAGAACACCAUCCCAACCGUGAAGCAUGGAAGUGGAAACAUCAUUCUUUGGGGAUGCUUUUCUGCAAAGGGGACAGGACGACUGCACCGUAUUGAGGGGAGGAUGGAUGGGGCCAUGUAUCGCGAGAUCUUGGCCAACAACCUCCUUCCCUCAGUAAGAGCAUUGAAGAUGGGUCGUGGCUGGGUCUUCCAGCAUGACAACGACCCGAAACACACAGCCAGGGCAACUAAGGAGUGGCUCCGUAAGAAGCAUCUCAAGGUCCUGGAGUGGCCUAGCCAGUCUCCAGACCUGAUCCCAAUAGAACAUCUUUGGAGGGAGCUGAACGUCUGUAUUGCCCAGCGACAGCCCCAAAACCUGAAGGAUCUGGAGAAGGUCUGUAUGGAGGAGUGGGCCAAAAUCCCUGCUGCAGUGUGUGCAAACCUGGUCAAGACCUACAGGAAACGUAUGAUCUCUGUAAUUGCAAACAAAGGUUUCUCUACCAAAUAUUAAGUUCUGCUUUUCUCAUGUAUCAAAUACUUAUGUAAUGCAAUAAAAUGCAAAUGAAUUACUUAAAAAUCAUACAAUAUGAUUUUCUGGAUUUUUGUUUUAGAUUCCGUCUCUCACAGUUGAAGUGUACCUAUGAUAAAAAUUACAGACCUCUACAUGCUUUGUAAGUAGGAAAACCUGCAAAAUCGGCAGUGUAUCAAAUACUUGUUCUCCCCACUGUAUACCUUUAUGUAGCCUAUAGUUAUUUCAUACGUCUAAUCUCAUAAUUUCAAACCAAUUCUCUGAUCAACACCGUUCUCUCACAUCAAAGGAAGCCUUCACUCGUGUGCUCAUGGGAAAUAUUGAGAUCUCUCGGACCAUCUUCCCCUCAGGGACAAAAGGUGAGUGCAAUGCAAUUUACAACUGCACCGAAGCAGAUGUUCAUUCACGUCACACUGUCAGAGGUUACUACUGGUGGAUAUGUAAAAGCAUACGAGUGAUAUUCUAUACAACCACAAGAGGGCCCUCUUUUUUCACUAGUCCCCUAGCAAGGUGAUUUUGUGGUUAUUUUACAAAAAGUACAUUGGGUCUGUCUGAGGCCCUGUUUGUUGAAUACUUUGAAAAUGCAUCUUUCCUUCUUUGAGAUCGCUGAUCUGACAUGACUGUAUUUGUGAAAGGUAUAUGAGGGAACCUUUACUUUCACGGUUGUGUUAAAUCAGUGAUUACUUCAAGAGAGGAAGUAAAAAUACAUGUUUUAAAGUAUGCCAACAAGAAGUGGUUGUAAAGGCUUGAAGGAUGUUUUACACCAGGGCACGUUAACGCUUUUGUUUAUCAACAGGUGUCAACAUGGAGAUGCUGGGGCGCCGGGCAUUGUGGGAAGUGGGCCUGAACUACGGCCAUGGAACGGGUCACGGCGUGGGAAACUACUUUGGCGUCCAUGAGUGUAUAAUUGCUUUACUUAUUGUAUCUUUUUAGUCUAUCAUCUUUAGUAUCGUUUUAUGAUACUGAUAUUCAGAGUUGUUAUGAUUUCAUUGUAGUCAAGGUGACUUGAAAGAAAUGUGCCAAUCACACUGUAUUAUUUUAUCUAAAUGCAAAAUAAAAUCCUUGAAUAAUACACUAUUGAAAAUAACAGAAGGAAAUUAAAGUAGCUCUAUGUGACCAUAGAGUUUUGGAUUUUACAAAUCUUAUUCCAUCACAGGGCCUGUUGGCUUUCAGAGCAAUAACAUUCCAUUCCGGGAAGGCAUGUUCACGUCUAUAGGUAAGAUCUUACCAAAUCAAAUGUGUGUCCUUAUCUUCAAUUAACAUCUUGAGGUUCAUCAUAAGGUUCAUUUAGAUUUUUUAGCUGCCAUUUUGACUUGAAUGAAUAGGAAGAGAAUGGAAACCUUUAUUUCAUGAGCAGGUUGUAUCUAUUCCAGAACCAGGAUAUUACAAGGAAAAUGACUUUGGGAUCCGUAUUGAAGAUGUUGUCGUCAUCGUGCCAGCUCACACAAAGGUAGAUAAACUAUUUAACUACAGCAUUUUUAUUAAACAUGUGGAAAUACCAGAUAAGUGUGGGUAAAUAUUAAUAACAUUUAACUAUGAUGGGGAUGUAUUAAAGCUGUGAAAAGAUUCUAGCUAUCCAUAAUAUGACGUCAAUUGUCAGAUGUCAAAUGUAGAAUGUCUGAAAAUGACGUGUUUCCAAAUGUGCGAUUUUUACCUGUGAAAUGUCCGAAAAUCAUGAGUUUCACGUGUGAAAUCGGCUUCAUGAGACGUGACUUUUCCAUAAGGGAUGUCAACGGUUGUGUUCCAGCCCGGCUUCAGGCAUUGUAUCAACCAAUAGUUGUGUGCCACGUCAUCGACUGCGCAGUCGACAUCAGAUUGCUAUAUUAUAUGAUGUGGUUUGCUGAUAAGUUAAACCCAUUUGUAUUUGUAGUUAUUAGGGAUUCCCAUUAGCUGGUGCCAAGGCAGCAGCUACUCUUCCUGGGGUCCAAGCACAUUAAGGCACUUACAUCACACAUACAAUGGUUGUGAGAUCUGGCAUGUGUCUGCAAUGUAGUCCGCUAGGAAUGUGGCCAAAGACUGUGACAAUCAUUGACUUUCUACCCUUUGUGUAUUUGUCUCCUGCAGUAUGGCCAUAAUUACCUGACCUUUGAGACUGUGUCAUUAGUCCCGUAUGACAGGAAGCUGAUUGACACCGCUCUCAUGAGCCCACAACAGGUAAGAAACACAUGGUGUUGACACUUAACUUGUACCCUCUGUCAUGAGGCCUACUUACUGCAAUGACAGCAGAUAUCACAUCAUCAGCAGUCAUGAUAAAACAUCCUCACCAGUCAUCACAGCUAGUGUCAGCUUAAUUAACAACUGAAUUAAGACUGACAUGAUGUCCAUCAUACAAUUACAUAUUUAAUGUAAUUUAAUAUAUAUUUAAAUUUAAAUAUUUGUUAUUUAUUAUAUAGAAUCCCACUUUGUAAAAUGUGUAAUUUGAUAUGAUCUCUGUGAUGUACAUUAGAUCAUUAUUAUGACUGCAUUAUAGUUAUGACUGAAGGUUCAAAAACAUUGAAAGGUUCAAUUAUCUGUGACAUCUAGUAUGAUAGCAUGAGGUAAAUACACAUUAGAGCUUCAGACUGACAGGUUGAGGUGUAUUCAUGCUGAUAGUGUGGGUUUCCUCUGAAAAUCCCCCUCAUAGUUUUCAGGCAGCUUUCAAGACCUGCAAGUUUUUUUGGAGAAACCACGUAUGAAGUUUAUCAGCAGUGAUAUUACUUUCUAUUCGUGGUCUCAGAGAAAACAAAGCCAGCACUUUCAUUUUGUACAUGUAGCUUGAUCCGUAAUCUACUCCUUUAUGUUCAGCCGUGCUGCCUUGUUUUAUUGUAAACAGUGCUCAUAUAUUAUGCAGUUUGAAUAAAGUUAGCUACACCUGUCACUAAAAGUGAAUCUCACACUAUUUCUGGACACACACAUAAUAUGACUACUGUAAAAGCCAUAAAAACUUUAAAAUGUCUCUCCUGUGAAGUAGUGAUGUGCAACAUGCGCAUAGCUUCUUGAAAUGGGUCACACAUGUCCUAUUUUAGUACUGCUACUGUUUUGAUUUGAUUUAUUAGGAUCCCCAUUAGCCGACGCCAAUGGCGACAGCUAGUCUUACUGGGGUCUGACGUAUAACGAAAAAUACAUCACAGACAAAAUACUUUACAAUUUCCAUGCAUUUAAAAACAUUAACAUGUAGUGUGUGUGUGUGCAUCUAUCAGUUACACAUAUAUGUCAAUACAUACACACAAGUAGGUCACGGGGGAGAGGCAUUGUGCCGUGAGGUGUUGCUUUAUUUGUUUUUUGAAACCAGGUUUGCUGUUCACUUGAAACCAGGUUUGCUGUUCACUUGAAACCAGGUUUGCUGUUCACUUGCGCUAUAUAAGAUGGUAGGGAGUUCCAUGCACUCAUGGCUCUGUAUAAUACUGUACAUUUCCUUGAAUUUGUUCUGGAUCUGGGGACUGUGAAAAGACCUCUAGUGGCAUGUCUGGUGGGGUAAGUGUGUGUGUGUCAGUGAUGUGUGUAAGUUGACUAUGCAAACAAUUAGGAAAUACCAACACAUUAAUGUUUCUUAAAAGAACAAGAAGUGACACAGUCAGUCUUUCCUCAACUCUUAGACAAGAGAGACUGGCAUGCAUUGUAUUAAUAUUAGCCCUCUGAUUACAAUGAAGAGCAAGACGUGCCACUCUGUUCUGGACCAGCUGCAGCUUAACUAGGUCUUUCUUUUGCAGCGCUUGACCAUACAAUAAUCAAGAUAAGAUCAAACUAGAGCCUGCAGGACUUGCUUUGUGGAGUGUGGUGUCAAAAAAGCAUAGUAUCUCUUUAUUACGGACAGACCUCUCCCCAUCUUUACAACCAUUGAAUCUAUAUGUUUUGACCAUGACAGUUUACAAUCUAAGGUAACACCAAGUAAUUUAGUCUCCUCAACUUGUUCAACAGCCACACCAUUCAUUACCAGAUUCAGCUGAGGGUCUAGAAUGAUUUGUACCAACUACAAUGCUCUUAGUUUUAGAGAUGUUCAGAAGCAGUUUAUGACUAGCCACAUAUUACAAAACAGUCUGCAACUCUUUGUUAAGGGCUUCAGUGACUUCAUUAGCUGUGGUUGCUGAUGUGUAUUUGGUUGAAUCAUCAGCAUACAUGGACACACAUACUUUGUUUAAUGACAGUGGCAGGUCUUUGGUAAAAAUAGACAAGAGUAGAGGGCCUAGAGAGCUGCCCUGCAGUACAUUAGAGACGUUUCCAUUAAAGAAAAUCCUCUGAGUUUUUUUUGUUGAUAGAUAGCUCUGAAUCCACGAUAUGGCAGAGGUUGAAAAGCCAUAACACAUACAUUUUCUCAACAAGAGGUAAUAAUAUCAAAGGCUGCACUGAAAUCUAACAGUACAGCUCCCACAAUCUUCUUAUUAUCAAUUUCUUUCAACCAAUCAUCAGUCAUUUGUGUCAUUUCAGUACAUGUUGAGUGCCCUUCUCUAUAAGCAUGCUGAAAGUCUGUUGUUAAUUUGUUUACAGGGAAGUAGCAUUGUAUUUGAUCAAACAAAAAUGUUUCCAACAGUUUGCGAAGAGCUGACAGCAAGCUGAUACAGCUGUAGGUCUGCUGUUAGAACCAGUAAAGGCAGCUUUACCACUCUUGGGUAGCGGAAUGACUUUGGCUUCCCUCCAGGCCUGAGGACAAAGACUUUCCUUUAAACUCAGAUUAAAGAUAUGACAGAGAGGAGUGGCUAUAGAGUCAGCUACCAUCCUCAGUAGCUUUCCAUCUAAGUUGUCAAUGCCAGGAGGUUUAUCAUUAUUGAUCGGUAACAAUAUUUUUUCCACCUCUCCCACACUAACUUUACACAAUUCUAACUUGCAAUGCUUUUCUUUCAUUAUUUGUUUUUUAAUACGAGUACGAUGGCUCACCGUUCGUUGUUGGCACUUCCUGCCUAAAUUUGCCCACUUUGCCAAUUAAGUAAUCAUUAAAAUAAUUGGCAAAUGGUUUUGUGAUGAAUAAGCCAUCUGAUUCGAUGAAAGGUGGAGAUGAAUUUGUCUUUCUGCUCAUCAUUUCAUUUAAAGUACUCCAAUGUUUUUUUCCCAUCAUUCUUUAUAUCAUUGAUCUUGACUUCAUAAUACAGUUUCUACUUCUUUUUGUUGACUUUGGUCACAAAAUGUCUCAAUUUCCAGUAAGUCAGCCAGUCAGACCUAUUAUUCACUCGGUUUGCCCCAUCUCUUUCAGCCAUACAGUUUUUCAAUUCCUCAUCAAUCCAUGGAGCCUUAACAGUUCUAACAGACAGUUUCUUAACAGGCGCAUGUUUAUCAAUAAUUGGAAGUAACAAUUUCAUAAAUUCAUCAAGUGCAGCGUCUGGAUGCUCCUUAUUAAUCACAUCAGACCAACAAAUAUUUUUAACAUCAUCCACAUAAGAGGCAUAGCUAAAUAUUUUGUAUGAUCUCUUAUACACUAUUUUAGGUCCAGCUUUUGGAACUUUGGCUUUCCUGGAUGUAGCCACUAUAUUGUGAUCACGGCAUCCAAUGGGUUUCGGAUACAGCUUUAGAACAAAGUUCUACAGUAUUAGUAAAAAUGUGAUCAAUACAUGUGGAUGAUCUUGUUCCUGUAGUGUUUGUAAACACCCUGGUCGGUUGAUUAAUAACCUGAACCAGAUUACAGGCACUGAUUACAGUGAGAAGCUUCCUCUUGAGCGGACAGCUUGAUGAAAACCAGUCAAUAUUCAGGUCCCCAUGAAAUUAGACCUCUCUGUUUACAUCACAUUCACUAUCAAGCAUUUCACACACAUUAUUUAGAUACUGACUGUUAGCAGUUGGUGGCCUAUAGCAACACCCCAAAAGGCUUUAGAUGUGCCAGGUGACCCUGCAACCACAACACUUGACAUAAGAUCUUCUCUAAGCAUUACAGGGAUAUGGCUCUGAAUAUAUACAGCAACCCUUCCCCCAUAAGCAUUCCUGUCUCUUCUAUAGAUGUUAUAUCCGUGUAUUGCUACUGAUAUGGCUAAUAUAUUAAUGUUUUCUGAUGUUAGCAAGUUAUUGAUUUCAUUAACCUUAUUUCUAAGGCUACAUAUAUUAAUAUGAGCUAUGUUCAGCCCUUUCCUGGGUAGCUCAUCAGCCAUAGACAUAAUAUGGAAAAGAGCAAACAAAGCAAGAGAAAAAAUAUAUACAUUCACUGUGUGUGUAUAUGUGACCAACCGCCUUGAUUCGGUCUUAUGUAGCAAAAUUUGAAAUUGUGUUUUUUACAUUGGAUAAAAGCAGAGACACAGAGCUACAAAAUGGUUGAAUGUUUUGGUACCUACUGAAGAGCUCUUCUUUGUCUACACCCAUUCAGCAUCGUUCACACCCUGUUAAGCUUUAGUCCCACCCAUCUCGUUUCACUCUCGGAACGUUCAGAGUGCACACUGGACGCUCUGGCUGAGGAGUAGGGUUGAUCCGAGCGUUCUGACCUCACAACGGCAGUGAAGCACCCAAGCUAAGCACCCAUUUAAUGAGAGAACACCCCACUGACCAUUUUACUCACCCUAGCAGAGCUGGUUAGACUGUGUUCAUGUUAUUCAGAGCGUUGGUGACUGUAACUGUGCUGCUGGCAACAAUAUAACUACGCUUUUUUGCCAACAUUUACUGACACGGCCAUAUUCAACGGGUGUUGAGCGUUCGUAAAUUCAUCAGUUAUUCUGCGAUCUGGCAUACUCAGAAUGAAUUUACGAACGCACCCGAAAUGUUUACUUGCAUAGUGGAGUCUUUUGUUAAGAAAUUUAGCUAGCUAGCUAGGUAAACAAUUGACCAUAAUCCCAAAUCAUGACGUUACUACCCUGCAUGAAUCUGCAGGUAGCUAACCAACCAGGUUCAAUGUUAGCUAGCUAACAUUAGGCUAUAACUAGCCAAGCAAAUGGCUCUGAGAAAUGAAUAACAAGAUAGUACAUGUAACGUUAGCUAGCAAGCCAGCCAGCUAACAUUAGCUAGCUAGCUAAACAAUUAACAAUACCAACUCAUGACGUUACUGCCCUGCAUGAAUCUGCAGGUAGCUAACCAAGUUGCCAUAAUUACUGUGUAAGUCUAUGGAAGGGGGUGAGAGCCAUGAGCCUCCUAGGUUUUGUAUUGAAGUCAAUGUACCCAGAGGAUGACGGAAACUAGCUGUACUCCGGCUACACAAUGGUGCUACCCUACAAAGUGCUGUUGAGGCUACUGUAGACCUUCAUCACAAAACAGUGUGUUGUAAUCAAUUAUUUGGUGAUGUGAAUAUAUUUAGCAUAGUUUUAUCUAAAAAUGAUCACUUUUUUAAGGUUUCACAGUUUAAAAAAAUUCAUAAAUUCACUGAGAAGGAUGGUCCUCCCUUUCAUCCUCUGAGGAGCCUCCACUGGUGCAUGUGGCAUGUGUAAAUGCAUGUACAGUGGGGAAAAAAGUAUUUAGUCAGCCACCAAUUGUGCAAGUUCUCCCACUUAAAAAGAUGAGAGAGGCCUGUAAUUUUCAUCAUAGGUACAUGUCAACUAUGACAGACAAAUUGAGAUCCAGAAAAUCACAUUGUAGGAUUUUUAAUGAAUUUAUUUGCAAAUUAUGGUGGAAAAUAAGUAUUUGGUCACCUACAAACAAGCAAGAUUUCUGGCUCUCACAGACCUGUAACUUCUUCUUUAAGAGGCUCAUCUGUCCUCCACUCGUUACCUGUAUUAAUGACACCUGUUUGAACUUGUUGUCAGUAUAAAAGACACCUGUCCACAACCUCAAACAGUCACACUCCAAACUCCAUUAUGGCCAAGACCAAAGAGCUGUCAAAGGACACCAGAAACAAAAUUGUAGACCUGCACCAGGCUGGGAAGACUGAAUCUGCAAUAGGUAAGCAGCUUGGUUUGAAGAAAUCAACUGUGGGAGCAAUUAUUAGGAAAUGGAAGACAUACAAGACCACUGUAAUCUCCCUCGAUCUGGGGCUCCACGCAAGAUCUCACCCCGUGGGGUCAAAAUGAUCACAAGAACGGUGAGCAAAAAUCCCAGAACCACACGGGGGGACCUAGUGAAUGACCUGCAGAGAGCUGGGACCAAAGUAACAAAGCCUACCAUCAGUAACACACUACGCCGCCAGGGACUCAAAUCCUGCAGUGCAAGACGUGUCCCCCUGCUUAAGCCAGUACAUGUCCAGGCCCGUCUGAAGUUUGCUAGAGUGCAUUUGGAUGAUCCAGAAGAGGAUUGGGAGAAUGUCAUAUGGUCAGAUGAAACCAAAAUAGAACUUUUUGGUAAAAACUCAACUCGUCGUGUUUGGAGGACAAAGAAUGUUGAGUUGCAUCCAAAGAACACCAUACCUACUGUGAAGCAUGGGGGUGGAAACAUCAUGCUUUGGGGCUGUUUUUCUGCAAAGGGACCAGGACGACUGAUCCGUGUAAAGGAAAGAAUGAAUGGGGCCAUGUAUCGUGAGAUUUUGAGUGAAAACCUCCUUCCAUCACCAAGGGCAUUGAAGAUGAAACGUGGCUGGGUCUUUCAGCAUGACAUUGAUCCCAAACACACCGCCCGGGCAACGAAGGAGUGGCUUCGUAAGAAGCAUUUCAAGGUCCUGGAGUGGCCUAGCCAGUCUCCAGAUCUCAACCCCAUAGAAAAUCUUUGGAGGGAGUUGAAAGUCUGUGUUGUCCAGCGAGAGCUCCAAAACAUCACUGCUCUAGAGGAGAUCUGCAUGGAGGAAUGGGCCAAAAUACCAGCAACAGUGUGUGAAAACCUUGUGAAGACUUACAGAAAAUGUUUGACCUGUGUCAUUGCCAACAAAGGGUAUAUAACAAAGUAUUGAGAAACUUUUGUUAUUGACCAAAUACUUAUUUUCCAUCAUAAUCUGCAAAUAAAUUCAUUAAAAAUCCUAAAAUGUGAUUUUCAGGAUUUAUUUUUCUCAUUUUGUCUGUCAUAGUUGACGUGUACCUAUGAUGAAAAUUACAGGCCUCUCUCAUCUUUUUAAGUGGGAGAACGUGCACAAUUGGUGGCUGACUAAAUACUUUUUUUCCCCACUCUAUGUGUGUGCGUGCCAGCUUACUGUGGUGUGUGUCACUGGUUUGCUGCUCAUGUGUGUCUGUGUCCCACUGACCCAGUCUCCACUGUUAUCCCCUUCAGCUGCAGUGGCUGGAUAAGUACUACCUGACCAUACGUGAGCUAAUGGGGGCGGAGCUGGACAAGCAGGGCCUGACAGAGGAGAAGAAGUGGAUGCUGAAGCACACAGUGCCUUUCCAGAGUGCCACUGCUUCUGCUGCCGUCUCCUCCCUCAGCCUGACCCUCACCGCCCUAGCCACCGCCCUCCUCCACAACCUCCUCUGAGGAGCCUCCAUCCCUCGCUCCACUUCUCCUGCCAUCUCUCCCUCCAUCUCUCAAUCCUUCUCUCCCUUUAUCUCAUCUCACUCCAUCUCUUAUGGCUAGUAUUAUUAUGUUAGCUGUCAGCCUAUGCAGUUCCUGUGCAUAGUAAAUGUAUUGUUGUCGUUCAAUGUUUGAUUUCAAUGAAUGUUUUGAUUACUACCUUUUAGUUGAUUUCAAUUAGUUUUUUCAGUAUUUGGUGAUAUAUUUUCAGCUGCUUUGUUUUGUCACUUUUUGAUGUCCAACCUCUCUGUGUUUCGAAUCCGUUUUUUUGUAUGUAAUUUAUUAAAAUAUGAUUAUUUUAAAGUUUAUGAGUACCAUUUGUUAACCGACCUGUUAUUCAGUACUUACUUUCCGUGUAGAAUGCUUUGAAUGUAUAUCAAGCAUACUUUGUCCCUGAAGAAAAAGUUGAACCAAACAAACUCAAUAUAAAACACUACAUUACAAGAUGGCCAUGAUGAAACGAUGAAUGUUGUAUUGUAAUCUGUGCCUGUUAGCACUUUGUGAGGGACAGAUAAUUGGGGUCAUCAUCACAUGCUGAGUGUUAAUCAGUGUCUCUAAAAGCAGCCAUUGUCACUGUCUGAUAUGAGUCACACCCCCCCUCCAACCAUCUGAACAGCUCUUGAGGUUCGUCUAGCUGUGCCACAUGUGAAGAACUAGUGCCAGUGAGACAGGGGCUGUUGCUUGGCAACAGACCUGUCAGAGCUGCAGGAAGGUGUGAAUGUGGGUUUUACAAAGACGUCCGCCCUGCUGCACGCUUUUGUUUGACUUGCAUCCCUCCCACAUUCGAAAACAAGUUUUCAUAAGAAGAGAAAGAUGGCUUUUCUUUGUUAUAUUUCUUUUGUUGUUGGUUAGAUGACACUGUCCAUUUAACUCUCUGUGUGUGUUUGAAAUGGUUGGGUCUGUGGCUAUUGCCACUGGAGAAAGAGGAACAAUGCAAUGACUAAUUGAUGUUGAAAAUAUGAGCUCAUUGUCUCUGUGUAAGCAACAUUUCCCUACAACCUGAACACAGUUUUAGUAAAUGUACUAUCUCUUAACUUUCACAUUGUCCCUAAAUGAAGUGUAUACUGUUGUAUAUACUGUACAUCCACUUGGAUAGCUACUGUUUGUUCUUUCAAUGAAACCAGUAUAUCUUAUGCUGAAUAUUGUUUAUUUAUCCUUUUGUCCCUCAAACGUUUGUACAAACACACAAAACCUCAAACUUGCAGCCAACCUUCGAUUCGAAUGAAGAGGAAACUAAACUAGGGCAUCCUCUAGUCAUGUCGUUUGUCAACCCUCCAAAAUAAUACAUUUAACAUGUAAAAUACAUUCGGAAAGUAUUCAGACC